AUGCAUAGUCCCCGGGGACUCCCCAGGGAGUUCCCCUCCAAGUCCCUGGGGACCCCUAAAAAUGUGUACUCCCCGGGGAGUCCCUAGGGAGUCACCCUCAUACUCCCCAGGGAGUCCCCAACAUAUACAAUCCCCGGGGAGUCCCUGCCAACUCCCCAUUCACCGUUUGUUUUGCAGAUA